AUGACCGAGGAAAACAACGCUGUUGAGCCUAAUGUUACUGAAGAGGAUGUUCGACUGCUAAUAAACAGAAAGGAUGAUAUUGAAGAGCAAAUUAAAGCAUACUACGACAUGCUCCAAACCCAGGCCGGUGUAGGCAUGGAUGCUCCUCUGGUUGAUGUGGAAGGCUUUCCUCGUGCAGAUGUGGAUUUGUACAAGAUCUUUGAUGAAAUGGUGGAGUCUAUGAAGAGCGUUGCAGGAAAGGACACCGAGCUCACGGUAGAGGAGAGAAACCUGUUGUCGGUGGCGUAUAAGAACGUGAUUGGAGCUCGACGAGCCUCCUGGAGGAUCAUCAGCAGCAUUGAGCAGAAAGAGGAGAGCAAGGGAGGAGAGGGCAAACUCAAAAUGAUCCGCGAAUACAGACAAGCGGUUGAGAAUGAGCUGAAAUCUGUUUGCAAUGACAUACUGGAUGUACUGGACAAACACCUCAUUCCUGCAGCCAACACAGGAGAAUCCAAAGUUUUCUACUACAAAAUGUAGGUGUUUGAUGAAACAAAGUGCAUG